CUGACGCGGCCGGGAGGAGAGUUCGGGUCUCCUUCUGCCUGUGCUGCGUCCCUGCGCCCUCUCGGCUGGAUGCCCGGGACACUCAGAACCCAGUGAAGCAGCUCGGACACCGGCUGGCCAGAGGAAUCCGGAGCCAUGUCAGAACUUUGAGGGAGGCCUGGUGACAGGGACCGGCUGUCACCCACCAGUCUUCCCAGCUCGGCUCCAAGAUGCUGAGCCUGAAGCUCCCCAGGCUGUUCAGCAUAGAACAGGUUCCCCAGGUGUUCCAUGAGCAGGGCAUCCUCUUCGGCUACCGACAUCCACAGAGUUCCGCCACGGCCUGUCUCCUCAGCCUUUUCCAAAUGACCAAUGAGACCCUCAACAUCUGGACGCACUUGCUGCCCUUCUGGUUCUUCAUGUGGAGGUUUGUGAGCACCCUGCGUGUGACGGACGUCCUGAAUGACAGCUACUCCUGGCCUCUGCUCGUGUACAUGGGCGCCAGCUGUGUGUACCCCCUCGCAUCCAGCUGUGCACACACCUUCAGCUCCAUGUCCAGGAACGCCCGGCACAUCUGCUACUUCCUGGACUACGGCGCCGUCAACCUCUUCAGCCUGGGCUCGGCCAUCGCCUACUCUGCCUAUGUGUUCCCGGACACGCUGGUGAACACCGUCUUCCACGACUACUACGUGGCCCUGGCUGUGCUGAACACCAUCAUUAGCACCGGCCUCUCCUGCUAUUCCAGGUUUCUGGAGGUCCAGAAGCCUAGGCUCUGUAAGAUGCUUCGUGUCCUGGCCUUCGCUUAUCCCUACACCUGGGACUCCCUUCCCAUCUUCUCCAGGCUAUUCCUCUUCCCCGGGGAGACUGCACAGAACGAAGCCACCUUGUACCACCAGAAGCACAUGGCCGUGACCCUCCUGGCCUCCUUCCUCUACUCUGCGCAUCUGCCAGAGCGCCUGGCUCCUGGACGCUUCGACUACAUCGGUCAUAGUCACCAGCUGUUUCAUGUGUGUGUGAUCCUGGCCACACACAUGCAGAUGGAAGCCAUCCUUCUGGACAAGACUCUAAGGAAGGAAUGGCUCCUGGCCCACUCCAGGCCCCUGUUGUUCUCUCAGAUAGCCGGAGCCAUACUUCUGAGCCUCAUCUUCAGCCUCAGCAACAUAAUUUAUUUCUCAGCUGCUCUGUAUCGGAUUCCUGAGCCAGAAUUACAUAAGAAAGAAACAUAAUUCAGACCAUAAGCUUUUUGUGCCAAAUGUCAACAUUAAGCUACAACUU